AACGCGAAGAACACAAACGGAGAUGCUCCUUUGCACGUCCACAAAAACCAGAAAAUGUGUGCUCUUUUUCUCCAACAUAGCGCCGAUGUCAACGCGAAAAACACAAACGGAGAUACUCCUUUGCACGUCCACGAAAACCAGGAAAUCUGCGCCCUCCUUAUCCAACAUGGUGCCGACGUCAACGCGAAGGAUGAAGACAAGAAAACUCCUUUGCACGUCCACAAAAACCAGGAAAUCUGCGCCCUCCUUAUCCAGCAUGGCGCCGACGUCAACGCGAAGGAUAACGAAGGUAGAACUCCAUUACAUCGGCACGAUAACCCAGAAAUCCUGAAACUCCUAUGCAAGAAUGGUGCCGACCUCGAAGCUCGGGAUGAUGAGGGGUAUACACCACUAUUGAACCACCUGGUGGGCUACGGAAACGUGAAUGCGGUUGAGGCCCUUCUCAAGCAAGGAGCAAGUAAGUACGCGAGAAGCAAGAAUGGCAAAACGGCGUGGCAAUUACUCCCAAAUGGGUGGUUGAGCAGUGCGAGAAUACUUGAGCUAUUGGGGCCAGAGCCAUGAGUAAUUUAUUGCAUCCUAGGUAGAGGGUAGUCUGAGGAAUCCAGGGGUCACAGUCUGGCGAGCUUGCAUGUAAAAUGUCGCAAAAUGUCAUGGUGGUGAAGCUCCGGCUCAAAAUUGGUGGGAUCAAUUAGGUGGCUAGAUCCCCGCCAAGGACACAAGAUCAAAUAGAAGCAAGGAGAGGCGACGAGGACGACAAGGCGCCGCUCCGGACAGCAGGCGAGUGCUAAAGGAUUCGGCAUGCGCGGACAGAUCGCAAGACGACGCGAAUGCCUGCCACCACCAAUGGCCGCCGGUUAUUGGCAGCAACCGACGGCUCGAAACAGCGACCCGCUGCGGCUCCGUCAGACCUCAAGCUGCCACACCGACCGCCGCACCCCUCCACGGCCAUGAAGAACCCAGCCGCAGACCUCGCCGGCCCCCUCGACGAUGCCUCGACCACGGCCCACGUGCGCAGGGCGCUCGAAGCCCUGCACGCCCGCGAGCAGGCCCUGACGACGCGCCUCGACGGCCUCGUCACGUCGCACGCCGACCUCGGCCGCGACCUGCUGCGGCUCGACAACCUCCGGGCCACCCUCGGCGCGCAGGUGAUUGCGUCGCGCGCCGUGUCCAACACCAUGCUGGCGGGCGCCGCCGACACGGCCGCGCGGCUGUCGGGCCGCGUGCGCGAGCUGGACCUCGAGAAGGCGCGGGUGCAGGCGACGCUGCGCGUGGUCGAGCAGGUGGCCGAGCUCAAGGCCUGCGUGGCCGGCGUGGUCGGCAGCAUGGGCGCCCCGCAGGACUGGGAGGCCGCGGCCGGCUACCUCUCGCGCGCCGCCGCGAUCCCGCCCGCCAUCCUGCACUGCGGCUUCGCGCGCGCCGUGGUGCCGACCGUCGAGACGCCCGACAGCCCCGCCGCCACGCUCGAGUCGGCGCGCGAGAGCCUGUGCGGGCUGUUCCUGCGCGAGUUCGACCGGGCCGCCGCCGACGCCGACGGCGCCCGCGUCACGCGCUUCUUCAAGCUCUUCCCCCUCAUCGGCCGCGGCGACGUCGGGCUCGACGUCUACGGCCGCUACGUGUGCCAGGGCGUGGCCGGCACGGCCCGCCAGACGCUGCGCGACGGGCCCCCCGCCGCCACCACGCCCGGCGGCGGCGGCGGCGGCGGCACCACCACGGCCGGAUUCUUCUACGCCCAGGCGCUCACGCAGCUGUUUGAGCACAUCGCCCGCAUCGUCGACGGCCACGGCGCCCUGGUCGAGCGCCACUACGGUGACGGCAAGAUGGUGCGCGUCAUCGAGCGCCUGCAGGUCGAGGUCGACGUCCAGGGCGGCAUCGUGCUCGACUCUUGGAGCGACGAGCGCGCCGUCGACAGGAAGCUGACCGACGUCAAGAGCUACCCCUUUUCCUUCCUCGUCCAGAGCUUCCUGCCCCAGCAGAAGGGCGGCUUCGGCGGCACCCCGCGCGUCAACUCGCCCGCCGGCGGCGCCGGCACCAACAGCAACCCGCGCGCCAGCGAGGACGAGGGCGUCAACAUGAAGGAGGUGGACGGCCUGCUGGCGGAAAUCGCCGACAUGCUGGGCAAGUGGUCGCUGUAUACCCGCUUCCUCGCCGCAAAGUGCAAGGAACCCGAAACCCCCGACGACUCCCCUCUAGUCAUCCCACCAGUCAUCAAAAACUCCAACCUGCACCGCAAGGUCAACACAAAGCUCACGGCCCCCUACAACGUCAUGUCGACCUUCUACUUCCGCCGGUCGGUCGAAAAGGCCUUCCAGCUCGACGAGUCGCCCAGCGGCCUCACGCUCAGCAUCGGCAAGCCCGUGGACGGCAACCCGCCCUACAUCAUAUCGGCCGUCGACGACGUCAUGUACAUCGUCAACACGGUUCUGCAGCGGUCCAUGUCCACCUCGCAGAUCGAGGUGGUCAGCUCCGUCAUCCCCACGGUCGGGCGCGUGCUCGGGUCCGACUUCAUAGGCAUGAUCCAGCGCCGCAUGCGCGACGACACCUUCCCGAGCGCCACGGUCAAGGGCGGCUUCCCGCCCGAGGACAAGAUCGUCGGCUUCGUCGUGCUGACAAACAGCCUCGACAUGGCCAAGGAGUACCUCUCCCGUAUCAUCACCAGCCGCGCCGGCCCGUCGGACGAGGAGCUGGCCAAGCUCUCAUCCCCGCCCAACGGCGGGCCGCCCCCACGACCGCCGCCCGGCACGCCUCGCGACCUGUUCCCGCUGGGCCGCGACGCCGCCGCCGUGGCGCGCGAGCUGCGCGUGCUCGAGGCCAACUUCCUCGCCAAGGCCAGCGACCUGCUGCGCGAAGGGGUCGAGGCCCUGGGCGUGCACGUCGUCCGCCCGCGGCUGCGGCCCAUGCUGGCCGAGACGUUCCGCCACGCCGACUACGGCCUGACCGAGGCCGACGUGGCCGAGCUGGCGGGCCGCAACGACGAGGACGAGGCCGACGUGCUCGAGCGCCUCGAGCAGGCCGGCCGCGUCUUCGAGCACCGCUGGGACGCGCUCGUGCAGCCGCUCGCCCGCCUCAUGACCCCGCGCACCCACGCCGCCCUGGUGGACGCCGCCGCCUCCCACCUGGCGGGCGUGCUGGAGCGCCGCGUCUGGGCCGCGGCGGGGCGCGUCAGCGGCUUCGGCGCCGUGCGCAUGGAGCGCGACUUCUCGGCCAUCGUCAGCGCCGUCGCGCGCGGCAACUACGCCCUCCGCGAGAAGUUCGCCCGCGUCAGCCAGAUCCUCAUGGUGGCAAACAUGGAGGACGACGAGUGGGACGAGCUCGUGGCCGAGGAGGAAGAGGAGGACGGGGACGGCGGCAUGAACUGGGUGCUCGCGGAGGAGGAGAGGAGGCGGGCGAGGAACAUCGUCAGCUCGUAGGGUACACACAUCCGGCUAUCGUUAUAGAGACUUGGGGCUUUCUAGACGAGGCUAGAGUUUUGGAAGCAUUUGGGAGGUUACAGGCAGUGUGGAGUUUAUGGGGAAAAGAAGGAGCUGUUUGCGAUACAAAGACGCCGCUUACAGACUAAAAGUAGCACUAGAUAACGACACUUGAUGAACAGGACAUCGGCUCAGAGGAUCAUGAACUAUAAUCUAUCCCUUUUUUG